AGCCUUUUUUUUGUUUAUUUCCGAGUUUUUCAUCUUUCAAAUCAAAAAACAUAAAAAAGAGAGAGAAUUUCUAGGGUUUUUCAAUAUCUCUCUUUUCCCCUAUUUUUGGGUUUUCUAUAUUAGUUGUGAGGAAUAUCUGUAAAGGUGCCAAAAACCACCAAACGGCUAUAAUUUUCCGUUCCACGUCUCAGAGACCAGCAGAGCAGCCGAAGAUCGCCGAAGUUCACUGAAGAUAACCGUGUUUUCGACUUUCUCCGGUCGGAACAUACAGUUCGUUUUCGACCCUUAUCGCCGAUUUGAAAGCUGAUCUGAUUUCCUAUAAAGCCUGAGACGAACAGAGAAGGGAGGCAAAAAAGUGUGGAUUAAAUCGACAGAGGCCAAUCCUUUUCUUCAAUUUAGUGGCCAUGAUGCCUGAUGGAGGUUACUAUUGCUCCAAGAAAACGGACGAUAUCUGUGAAGGUGUUUGUGGACAGGAUGCAACUCGCGCAGCAUUGAGCAUGUCAAGACUCCGAUGUAUGCUGAGAGGGUUGGAUUUUAAAACCUUCCUCCUUCUGUUUGUUAUGGUUCCGACAUGCAUCUUUGUUAUCUAUUUGCAUGGGCAGAAGAUUUCAUAUUUUCUAAGGCCAAUAUGGGAAUCUCCACCCAAACCCUUCAUAGAUAUCCCCCACUAUUAUCACGAGAAUGUGUCCAUGGAGAACCUCUGCAAGCUUCACGGCUGGGGAAUCCGUGAAUCCCCGAGGCGUGUCUUUGAUGCUGUGCUCUUCAGCAACGAGGUGGAUAUACUGACCAUUAGAUGGAAGGAAUUGUACCCCUACAUCACACAGUUUGUUCUUCUCGAGUCAAAUUCAACUUUCACAGGUUUGCCAAAGCCGCUGAUUUUUGCAAGCCACCGAGAUCAGUUCAAGUUCAUUGAACCUCGUCUAACUUAUGGGACUAUUGGAGGGAGAUUUAAGAAGGGGGAGAACCCAUUUGUUGAGGAGGCUUAUCAGCGAGUAGCAUUGGACCAACUUCUUAGAAUAGCAGGCAUAACCGAUGAUGACUUGUUGAUAAUGUCUGAUGUUGAUGAGAUCCCAAGCGCCCAUACUAUCAAUCUCUUGAGAUGGUGUGAUGACAUCCCCCCUGUCCUCCAUCUUAGGCUCAAAAAUUACCUCUACUCUUUUGAGUUUCUGGUGGAUGACAAGAGCUGGAGAGCUUCUGUUCACAGGUACCAGACGGGUAAGACAAGGUAUGCUCAUUUUCGUCAGACAGACUAUAUCUUGGCAGAUUCCGGUUGGCAUUGCAGCUUCUGCUUCCGCCGUAUAAGUGAGUUCAUAUUUAAGAUGAAAGCCUACAGCCAUGUUGACCGGGUUAGGUUCCGUCAUUACUUGAAUGCCAAAAGGGUUCAGGAUGUAAUAUGCAAAGGGGCUGACCUUUUUGACAUGCUUCCGGAGGAGUACACAUUUAAGGAGAUCAUUGGAAAGUUAGGACCCAUUCCUUCCUCUUUUUCGGCAGUUCAUCUUCCAGCAUAUCUUCUAGAGAACGCUGACAAAUACAAAUUUCUCCUGCCGGGGAACUGCAAAAGAGAAAGUGGCUAACUACCCUCUCCAUUAGGUUUCUUGGUUUGCUUUGUAAAGUUUGAGAUGCAGCUUGUUUGGCGCUCUGAGAAUGGUCAAUGGGACAAUUAUUGACUGUGGUGCGGUUUGCUAACAAUAUGCCAGAUAUGAGACAAAGCUUGGAUCAUUCUUUAGAGAGAGUGUGAGACUUCUUGGAUCUACUGGGUGAAGCUUUGUAUAUUUCCUUUUCUGCUGUUGGGUUUCAUCCCGGUGGAGUCAGAUCCUUUUGCCAAACAUGGAGCUUGCAGUGUGGGGAACAGUUUAUCUCUGUGGAUAGCUUCGGUAUCACACUCUUGUUGUUAUAUAUUGGUUCCCCAAUGCGAAACAAAUAGUCACAUUUCCUGAGCUUUCUACUGCCGCCGAUUUUGUUUCCUUGAGACUAAUUUAUUCAUAUACGCUUACAACUUUUGCUGUUAUUUAACUUGUUAAUUCUUGUACCAUCUGAUUUCUUUUGGACAUCUCCUCUAUAUUUCUGAUUGAAUUCUUUAUCCAUGCCAAUCAAAUUGUUAAGGAGGUUGUCAAUAUUUUUGGCAAACUUGUGAAUUGAACCAGAUAAUUGAUUUUA